GAAGGCUCAAACCUCGGCGUUAAUAUUGGUCGGGGGCGGCCGCGCAUCGCCCCCCAAAACCUCGCCCUGGUCCCCUUCCCCCUCCACCCAGGCAGGAGGAAGUGAGAACUACACAGAUUUUGGCACAAGCACGACACAUCGCGGGGCCCCGGCGAAGGGAGGCGAACUUCGCCGCAGCCCGCUCCGCUCUACCCGCACCGUCGGCAUCGGGCGUGCCGCCCGCUCCGCCACUCUGUUCUCCUCCCCUCCUUCAUCCCCUCCCUCCCUUUUACUCUCCGGCGGCCCUGCGCGCACCGCGACAAAGGCACAAAAUGGGAAAGAAACAGAAUGGCAAAGGUAAAAAAGUUGAAGAGGCAGAGCCUGAAGAGUUUGUUGUGGAGAAAGUCCUGGACAGACGUGUUGUAAAUGGAAAGGUGGAAUACUACUUGAAGUGGAAAGGAUUUACAGAUGCUGACAACACAUGGGAACCUGAAGAGAACUUAGAUUGUCCAGAGCUAAUUGAAGCUUUUUUGAACUCUCAGAAAGCUGGUAAAGAAAAAACAGAUGGUGCCAAAAGAAAAUCUUUGUCAGAUAGCGAAUCUGAUGAUAGUAAAUCAAAGAAAAAGCGUGAUUCCGUUGAUAAACCAAGAGGGUUUGCAAGGGGUCUUGAUCCUGAGCGGAUAAUUGGGGCUACGGAUAGCAGUGGAGAGCUUAUGUUCCUCAUGAAAUGGAAAGACUCUGAUGAGGCAGAUUUGGUGCUGGCCAAAGAAGCUAAUGUGAAGUGUCCUCAGAUCGUAAUCGCUUUUUAUGAAGAACGGCUAACUUGGCAUUCAUGCCCAGAAGAUGAAGCACAAUAAUUGUUUGCAUUGCUUUUUUUUUUUUAUAUAUAAGAAUAUUAAAACCUGAAAUUUGAUUUAUUAGCAAUGUGAGAAGCAUACAUUCUAACAAGUUUCAAAUUUGAUAUUUUUUUGAAGUAGUAUGUUUUGCAUCAACCGCAAGUAAAUAAAAGCUUUCUGCAACUUGUUUCAUUUAUCACAAGAGAGCAUUUGAUACUACUACUUCCUCCAUAUUAGGUAAAAGGUUUUAUAAAACAUUGAUGAACUUCCAUAGUUAUUACAGAAUCAUAAUGAAUGUCUAAACAAACUCACAGAUGUUUUGUAGUCUUCUAUACUAUUGAUGUGCAUGUAUCUUCUUUACCCGAGCCUAGCCCUUUUAAACCAGUAGGGUCAUUCUUUUUAGUAUUUGGCAUCACUUGGUCUUAAGAAGACCAGGUGAAAACUAACUUUGUAGUAAUUUGAAUGUUAUCAGACUGUAUAUUGUUUACUUUAUUGUAAAUACUGGUGAACAGUGGUCAAUAAAAUAGUUUUAUAUUCUUCCUUUA